AUGUAUAUAUAUAAUUCUAUUGAAAAACCAAAAGUCUUUAGGUAUGAAGUUGAUGACAUCGAUGAAGAGGGCAAGGAACGCCACACUCUCAGUCGAAGGCGUAUCAUUCCGCUACCCCAGUGGAAGGCGAACCCCGAGACUGACCCCGAGGCUCUGUUCCACAAGGAGCAGUUGGUGCUGGCGCUGUACCCCCAAACCACCUGCUUCUACCGAGCACUGAUCCACGCACCCCCGCAGAGGCCCCAGGAUGAUUACUCUGUGCUGUUUGAAGACACCUCGUACGCUGACGGAUACUCUCCCCCACUCAACGUGGCCCAGAGAUACGUGGUGGCGUGCAAAGAGAACAAGAAGAAAUGAACGCUAGGCAGAGGAGAGACAACAUGCGUGGGAGAUUACAUUUUUAUAAAUAUUUUUUGUGUGCAUUUUUGUGAAAAAAAAAAAUAAAGAAU